UGUCUACAUGCCGGUUCAAACAUGGGGAGAGACCCAGUGCCAGUGCCAGUGCCGGGGUCAAUGCGCUCUUUCUCUCCUCAACCUGUUCUGUUACUUAAAUGCAAACUAUCAACUUGUGUAAUAAGAAACCACACACAUCAUGCAAGUCCUCUGCUUCUUCCUCUUUUGCUUCAUGUUCAUGGCGCCACACACUUUCUCCGCCAGGGAUACCUUAACCGCCACACAAACUCUCGCAACCAACCAGACCCUCCAAUCAUCUAACGCUGUUUUCAUCCUUGGAUUCUUCCCCAGCAGCACCAAUCCCACUUCGUACUACCUGGGCAUAUGGUACAAGGACUUGGGUCAAACAGUGGUUUGGGUCGCAAACAGAGACAACCCAGUUAUUGACAACAACUCCACAGGAUUAAUAUCUCUCAAGAUCAACUCAGAAAAUGGAAACAUAGCUCUUGUUAACUCAUCUGUAGGGAACCCUGUAUGGUCCUCCACCAAUCAAACCAAAGCUAGCAACCCAGUUCUUCAGCUUCUGGACACUGGCAAUUUAGUUCUCAGAGAAGAAGCUUCCCCUGCUAAUAAUAAUUACCUAUGGCAGAGCUUCGAUUACCCAACGGACACGUUGUUACCAGACAUGAAAGUUGGUUGGAACUUAGACAAGGGCACGGAUAAUCACUUAACAUCGUGGAGGGACACGGAUCAAGACCCUUCGACAGGAGAUUACACGUUAAAGGUAGAUGCUCAAGGACUCCCACAAGGUUUCCUGCGGAAAAACCAGAGCAUAAUAUAUAGAAGUAAUCCUUGGAAUGGCGAAAAGUUCAACUACACGGAUUCUGUUGUCUUCAGUUUCUCUGUAGAUCAACAUGGAGUGUACUACUCAUUCCAUAUUGGCAAUGGAUCCAUUUUCUCAAGGAUCACGAUCACCUCUGAUGGUGUACUUCAGCGUCUUUCAUGGGAACCGAGCACCCAGACUUGGAACAGUUUCUGGGUUGUACCUAAAGAUCCGUGUGACGUUUACAGAACGUGUGGCCCGUAUGGUAUCUGUGAUGCUAAUGCUGCCCCUGUUUGCAAGUGUGUGAGAGGGUUCAGGCCUAAGAAUCAGCAGGCAUGGAAUUUCAGAAAUGGGACUGAUGGGUGUGUGAGGAACACCAAUUUGGACUGCAGGAGUGACAAGUUUUUGCAUAUGCAGAACCUUAAGUUACCUGAGACAAGCUGUGUGUUUGUCAACAUGAGCAUGGACCUUGUGGAGUGUGAAGAUUUUUGCCGCAGGAACUGUUCUUGCACUGCUUAUGCCAACAUUGAGGUCAACAAUAAUGGAACUGGUUGUGUCAUGUGGAUUGAUGAACUCUUAGACAUGAGGCAGAACUCUGCUGGUGGUCAAGAUCUCUAUAUCAGAAUAGCAGCUUCUGAUGUAGAUGACUCAGGAUAUGUUGUCAGCUCUCACAAGAAAAAAAACAGUGCUAAGAUUGCAGGAAUCACAAUUAGUGCAGUUGUUGUAAUCUUAGGAUUGAGUUUCAUUUUAUUUAGGAAGAGGAAAUUGCUAAGUAGAUUCAAUGGGGUCACAGACCGCAGAGGUUCUCUUCAAGGAAAUCGGGAUUCAAUAAUGAAUAAGGUGGUACUGCCAACUAACAGAGAUAGAGAAAGCUUAGGAGAAAGUAACAUGGAUGAAAUAGAUUUGCUAUUGUUUGAUUUCAAUACCAUAACAUUGGCUACAAAUAACUUCUCUGAACAAAAUAAACUCGGGGAAGGAGGAUUUGGCAUUGUUUACAGGGGCAAGUUAAUGGAAGGCCCAGAAAUUGCUGUCAAGAGGUUGUCAAAGAACUCUGCGCAGGGAAUUGAAGAAUUUAAGAACGAGGUCAAGUUAAUUGUCAAGCUUCAACAUCGAAAUCUUGUGAGGCUAUUUGGUUGUUGUAUUGAGAUGGAUGAAAAGUUGUUGGUGUAUGAGUACAUGGAGAACAUAAGCCUUGAUUCAUUUUUGUUUGACAAAACCAGAAAACACUUACUAGACUGGAAUAGACGCUUCAAUAUUAUAUGUGGAAUAGCUAGAGGGCUUCUUUAUCUGCAUCAUGAUUCUAGAUUAAAGAUUAUCCACAGGGAUCUCAAGGUAAGCAACAUUCUACUUGACAGUGAAAUGAACCCGAAGAUAUCAGACUUUGGGACAGCUAGAAUUUUUGGUACAAAUCAGACAGAAGCAAAUACACUGAGAGUUGUUGGAACAUAUGGUUAUAUGUCUCCUGAAUAUGCAAUCGAUGGAAAUUUUUCAGUGAAGUCUGAUGUUUUUAGUUUUGGCGUUCUUGUGUUAGAAAUCAUAUCUGGAAAGAAAAACAGAGGAUUCUAUAGCUCAGAGGAAGAUAUGAAUCUUUUACGAAAUGCAUGGAGACUGUGGAGAGAAGGAAGUGCAUUGGAACUUAUUGAUGCAUCAAUUGGAGAUUCAUAUUCAGUAUCUGAAGUCCUUAGAUGCAUACACAUUGGACUCUUGUGUGUCCAAGAACGUGCAGAUGAUAGGCCAACAAUGUCUUUAGUGGUCUCGAUGCUGAACAGUGAAGUAGCAUUAAUGGCACAACCCAAAAACCCUGGGUUUUCCCUUGGAAGGAAUCCUCUAGAGACUAAUACUUCUUCAAGUAAACGAGAGGAAUCAUGCAGUAUGAACCAAGUCACGGUCACAUUGCUAGAUGCAAGAUAAUGAAAAUACCAUUACAUCAUCUAACAUGUUGUACCUUCAUAUUCCCAAAAAACAUACAAAUAUCAUGUAAAUCUUCCUCUAUCCUAUAGGUGAGGCAUUUUUGAUAUCUAGUAUGACCUUGUUUUGGUGUAAUAUACAAGAGAUAUUAUUAUUGAAAUCAUUAAUUUACGAACUUCAAAAAAAAAAAAAAGAAAUC